AUGUCCGCCAUCCACAGACACGACUGGAUGACUGCCAUCGAUCUCCGGGAUGCUUAUUUUCAGAUCCCAGUCCAUCCAGACAGCCGAAAGUUUCUCCGCUUUAUAUGGAGAGGGCGUCACUUCCAGUUCAGGGUUCUUUGCUUUGGCCUCUCCACGGCCCCUCAAGUUUUUACCAGGAUGAUGGGUCCAGUUUCAGCGGCUUCACAUCAACAAGGAGUUCGCCUCCUCCGUUACUUAGACGACUGGCUGCUGUUAGCUCACUCGAAACAGACGGCACUCGAGGCAACCAGUUACCUCCUCCGUCUGUGUGCAUCACUGGGAAUCCAGGUAAACUGGGAAAAUUCAUCGUUUUCACCCUCCCAGACAAGGAUUUAUUUGGGGAUGGAGAUUCGCUCUCCUCUUUUGAAGGUUUUCCCGACACAGAAACGCCUAGAGAAUCUACAACUUCAAAUCAAGACUUUUCUAAGUGUUCAGUCCCCUCCAGCAAAGGCUUGGUUAACCCUCCUAGGCCACAUGUCCUCUCUGCUGCAUCUAAUUCCCGGGGCAAGACGGAGGAUGCGCAGCCUUCAAUUUCGCCUUUCCCAAUUCUGGGAUCGCCAGUCCGACGGAGACAACCUUCCAGUUCCUUGGGAUUUCGAAAUCCUGGACGAUCUUCAGUGGUGGACACUGGACUACAAUUUUUGGUUGGGACAGUCCCUUCAGUUAGCUUCCCCGGAUGUUUGUCUGUACACAGAUGCUUCCACCGUCGGCUGGGGAGCGUCGAUUCUACACGAUUCAGUGAGCGGUGUGUGGGCCACUCACGAGCUCUCUUUACACAUCAACCUUCUAGAACUCAAAGCUAUACGUCUCGGCCUUCUGCACUUCAAGGAUCAUGUCCGAGGACAGACGGUGGCAGUGUUCUCCGACAAUGCCACGGCUCUGUCGUAUCUGGCAAAAGAAGGCGGGACUCGUUCAGGAAGCCUCAAUGCCGAGGCUCAAGCCAUCCUACAGUGGGCGGAGGAUCAUGCCAUUACAUCCUAA